AUGUCCACUCUUAUGCCCCAAGAUAUUCCGGCGAGAUUCAGUGCCAUGUGGGUCGGCGAGGAGAGCAACCCGAGGAAAGACAGCUCUGCGGAGACGCAAAAGGCCGACAUGCCGCCGGAGCACCCGCGCGGCAACAUUGGCGAUGUCUCGCAGACGAAGCACACUAGCGACGAGCGGAGCGAUACCGGUCGAGCUGACCUCGACGACUCGAACCGUCGUCACUGCCCCCGUGGACGAACUGAGCGGCCCCGUCGACGGGAGAUGCCCGAGGAUUAG